AUGCAGUUCCGCAACCCCGCGAGUUGGUUGACCUGGAAUAAUUGUGGGGCUCGGCAUGUCACCCCCACGUACAGGCGAUCAGCUGUUCCGAUCCGAUAUCAGGUGUCGCAGCACAGGAUUGGUGGAUACUCGGAGAACGGAGAUACUAAACAACCCCCUAGACGUGAGAGGACUGAGGGGGAUGAGAACCAGCUCAGCCAAUCGGCUCAAUAUCAAAACGCAUAUAGAUCUGAUGAGUACCUCUGGGCCAAGCGGCUAGAACAAGACGAGAUGUUGCCCUCCCCAGCUGCGGAAGGGGGGGUCGUGUAG